AUGGAAGCUCGGUCUCCGAGCUCAGCUCCGGCGGCGACGACGUCGACGCCAGGCGCAGCACCAGGACCAGCAGCUACGACAGAAGGGGAGCCAUCGGCUCCGGGGUUCGUGUCGCUCGGCAUGGUCGUGCUGGACGAGAUCCGCUUCCCGGACGGGAGGGUUUUGAGGGAUGUUGCCGGCGGAUCCGGGUUUUACAGUACCCUCGGAGCUCGACUCGCUGUUCCGCGGGAGGACGCCGAGACGGUAUGUUGCCUCGUCGUGGCCGGUGACGACUUCCCGGCGUCGGUAGUGGAGCAGAUCGAGGCUUGGGGCGUGACGGCGCGGGUGCAGAAGGUCGAGGGGAGGUUGUCGACGAGGGGGCUGUUGGUUUACGAAGAUGAUGUCUUUGGGAAAAAGACAUUUCGAUAUACGACGUCGCCUCUCCGGCCGAGUGUUGAGGAGCUUCCGGGUUAUUUGCGUCGUGCCUCCGUCAUUCAUACGUUAGCAGCGCCGGAGGAUGCGAAGCAGCAAGUUGCCGCACUGUUUGGGGAUGGCUAUAGUCAAAGACUGCCAGACCGUCCUCUCUUUGCCUGGGAACCUUCACCACUGCAUUGUGACGGGGCAUGGAAAGACCACCUGGACGCCGGGCACUUUGUCGAUGUUCUAUCUCCCAACGACAAGGAGGUCGUCAAGAUGAUGACUCCCCAGGUGGAGGAGGGACCGUGGGAUAAAGGCCUGGUCGAGCGGGCUGCCGCGCUCAUCUCGGGCGAGGAAAGUCGCCAGAGGGACCCGGAGCGGCAGCGGCGAUGGACUACGGUGGUGCGGUGCGGAGAGUACGGUUGCCUGACGAUUCCUAGGGCCUCCGCGCCGGUCUGGCUUCCUCCAUAUCACGAUAUUGGGUCAGAUAAGGUCGUCGACCCAACUGGAGCUGGGAACGCAUUUCUCGGGGCCUUUGCCGUUGCGUACAAGAAGACGGACGAUGCGGUUCUUGCGUCUGCGUAUGGCGCCGUGGCGGCUAGUUUUGUGAUUGAGCAAAUGGGGCCGCCGAAAAGGGAGGUCGUGAACGAGAGGGAACUGUGGAAUGGCGAGGAGUUUGGGAAGAGGUUGGAAGCAUAUAAAACCAAAGCCAAGACGUGGGACACCAGCGUCGUAAGUUGUCACUUCAGGAGCAACUCGGCCUGGGCUGAAGGAAAGGAGCUGUUCCAGUAG